AAAUCUAAAAUAUCUUUGCAGCCGAAAAGUAUUUCUAAAAACUUGUUGUAAAACUUUGGACUGCAUUUAAUGGCGUUAGGUUCCCCAGAUGUUGUUACGCAAAUCGUGUCCGUUCGGAAAGACACACAGUAUAUUAACUGGUUGAAAGGUCUUGUGAAUGAGAGUGCACAUAAUGUAUUGGGUCCUAGAUUGUCAACUGUAUGCAGUGAAAUCAUCAAUCAUGUUUCUGAGUUUUUGUUUUACUUCUUAACAACUGGUGGUAACUUACAAACAUUAGGGGAAGAAUAUACAGGCAUGAUCCAGGUUGAUCACACAGAGAGACAUACACCCUCUUUACUUAGAAGACUUGCUUUAAUUUCUCUGUAUUCAAUUUCCCCAUAUCUUUUAAAUAAAGUAUCGCUUCAAUUCAUCAAUUAUUUAAACAAAUAUAAAAAAGUACAAAUUAUCACACAAGACACGAAUCCUGAAAUAACAAAGUUAUUGAAACUCCUUGUCAGAUUACAUUUCUGCUUAUUUUACAUGAAUGGUAUUUAUUAUUCUAUCCCGAAACAUUUAUUGGGUAUAAAAUAUCUUAGCUAUUCCCAUCAUAAGUCACAAACUGGCCAGAAUUUUGCAAACCUUGGUAGAUUGUCUAUGUUGGAAACCUUAAUGUCUGUAUGCCUGCUUAUGUUUAACUGGUAUAAGAAGAAACAGAAUUUAAAUCUAAUUCCUGCAACUUCUAAUACAACUCAUUCUAAAGCAUUAAUUACCACACAGUGCUCAUUUUGUCUUGAUGACUGCCAAGCCUGCACAGUGACCAUUUGUGGCCAUCAGUUUUGUUGGAAUUGUAUUCAUAGCUGGCUACAAACAGAAGCGAAAUGCCCUUUCUGUAGAGAGAAAAUAUCUGCUUCUGGUUUAGUUGUGAUUCAGAAUAGUGUAUAAUGUAGUAGGGCCUACACUUCAGUCGAAAACUAAUUUUUCAGUCAGAAAUCUGGAAAAGUGCGCCAAUAUGAUAAAUUGAUAAAAGUACUGUUACUAUUAAUUUCAUUCAAAAAUAUUUUCACAUUUUGGUUGGGCUGCCUACUACAGUGAUUCACAAGACCUUUUGAAUGUUAUUGUAAAAGUAAAAUCAUUUUAUUUCAUGCUUACAAAAGUUGUGUGAAAUGUAGUUUCGGAAAUUGGGUCGCCAAAGUUUUGCAAUUAAACUAGGUUUUAAUAACUGUUAUUUUGCUGCUAAUUUCCUUCUCUUCAUUGUUUUAAUGAAUUUGGUCUUCGCUACUGUGAUUAAAAAGAAUAAUAAAUACUAAAUAGUUAUGUUG